CCAUGAGACCAAGAUGGCGGCUUCAGCGAAAGGAAAAAUCAAAACAAGUGUUCAUUAAGUAGUAUCAUUGUUUAUAAAACGGGCCUCGCAGGACAAAAAAAAUAGCGAAUGUGUAAAGCAGCCCUGUAGGCAUGACAACGCGGAAAAGGCACAGUAGGGUGGUGGCUCUGGCGCUUUCAGAGGAGCGUGAAAGGAGGCGAAAAGCCGGUGUCUCUGAUACCGAACAACGAAAAACGAAUAAGAUGUGCAGGGGCCUGAGACAGACACAGCAAUCACCAACUGUAGACACUUCUUAUAAGUCUCGCAACAAAGAUGUGAGGACUCCUAGGAGGUGCACGAGGGUCAAUCGCAAUCCAGUAAGAUGUGUUGAGUCUCCUAGCAAUGAUUCAGAGUUUCACGAAGACAUCAUCUGGGACCCUUCGUCGCCAACUCCUAUCGUGAAUGGGAAAGGCUGUAACAAGUCAAAAAUGAGCGGAAAGGCAGUGGAAAUCUCGGACAUCGUCAAUCGGAUUGCUCCCAAGGAUGACAGGCCAAAAGCCUCAGAAGCUGUGCUGCUUGAUAUGUGGUUUGGUGAUGGUAUUCCAUGCACUCCUGAGGUGGUUCAUAGCAGAUCCAAGAAAAAAUCUUCAAGGCAAAAUGGAGUGGAGGAACUUAUGAAGCUUGCUAAGCAAUUUGAUAUAAAUAUGAUACAGCAAGAUACAGAACAAAGGACUGAAAUUCUUAAUUACAAAUUGGAACAGGACCUUUCCACUGAAAAUGAAAACAGUUUGGGAAACACUAUUCCUCUUUUUUUUAGCAAACCUUCCUCAAGUGACAUCAGUGCUGUCCAAAAAGGAAUUACUGGGAUAGUGGAAGAAAUUAGAAUGGAGCACGGUACCCAGAAGUUUGUGGAUUCUAAGUUAGAAGAUGAAAUGAAUGCUCUUUUUGAUGGACCUACUCAGCAUCUCAGUGGAAGACUGAGUCAAAGUUCAGUUAGUCAUUCACAGCAACUGAAAGUGCCUACAGUUACAACCAGAAGUGUUUGUGAAAAGGCUGCUGGUUUAGGGUUCGUUGCACCUCUUGAUGUUGGAUCAGUCAAAACUAUCUCUUCGCCAGAGUCACAUGUGAAAAUCACAGAAGAAUCUGCAAUGUUAGUGGCAUCAAAUAAUGAUUUUAAUGAUGACUGGGCCAAUGAUGAUUUGUUAGAUGAUUCUUUCUUACUUGAAGUUACCCAAAAUCCAGACUUAAUCACCUCUGCAGAAGAAGGUAGACGGUCCUCUAAUCAUGCAGGUCCUUCUUCUGAAAAAAAUGGUGUUCAGAAUGCCAGCAGUGCAUCUGCAACAGGUCUCAACAGCACAGUGUGUGGACAGUCCAGCAUCAGUUGUUUCACAACUGGAUUUGAAAGAAUAAAUGAAAAAGCAAAAAACAGAAGUACUUUCACAUUGGAGGCAAACCCCCAAUUUAAGGUAAAAGAGACAUUUUCACUUGAUGAAGCUAGAUCUAUGCAACAGGAGUGCAUUUUGCAGGAUUAUAAAAACAAAAUAAAUGAAUCAAGUCUCAGUGAAAUUGGCAGGAGAAUCUCUGUGAGACCAGAUAAAAAUAUUCAGAAAUAUCAGCAGAGUCAUUCCCAAAAAACACCCAGUGCGCUCAUACCCUACAUCCAGCAUACUACAAAACCCUCUAGUGCCACAAAGCCUGUAUCAUCUGGACCUUUGAAGUCCAUACUUCAGUGUGAUAGACAAGUAGAGACCAAUGUUAAAGAAAAGCAGGCAUUGUCCUUUGGGUUUGGCAGUGAAUCUAAAAUUUCUGAAGGAGACUUUGACUCUCUUUGGGAGGAUGGAGAUGAUGACCUCCUCUAUCUGGCUUGUGAUGAUGUUGAAAAGUUGUCCACUAAUCGGUGUGCUGAAUUAGGCACAAGUUCUGCUGUUGCAUCCUUGCUAAAAACAGCUCUCCCACAGUCAGCUAUUGUCCAAAGCAAAUUAGAAUCUAGGCCAGGUUUAGGCAUUGAUAAAGGGAUUCAUGCAGGAACUAAAAGCAGUACCCAAAGUGGAAUCAUGGAGUACACAAAAAAUAAACCCACGACUGCUUUCAAACGGUCCAGCUCUUUCCCGUCAAGUACUGGUGCCCCUGUAAGUACUUUGUGUAGUGUCUCAAGCAGUACAACAGCAGCUGCAAAUGUGUCUCAGUCUUUAAACAACAGAAAGAACUGUAGAAAUGUAAAUUAUUCCCUGACCGCUUUCAAGCCACAGGACUUUUCAGAUAUGAGUGAGAGGCAAAAUGUGUUUGAACAAACAAGGAGCACUUCUGUAGAAAGCAAGACAGGGGAGGGAAAUCAGGUGAAAGGAGCAAAGUAUGGGAGUGCAAGCUGUUUGCAAAACCUCAAUAACAAGAGUGUCACCUCAUCUGUAAGAUUCCCUGAAACAUCUAAACAGGCUUCUUUCAGGAGGCAUCAGUCUGACCCUGCAGCACUGAACAGCAAAGUCUUUGUCAAUAAUCAAAGGACUGUUAAGUGUUCUGCAGAAGAGAUUGAAAGAAAGAAACAGGAAGCAAUUGCACGAAGACGACAACGGCUGCAAGCAAAUCAGAAAAAUGAAGCACCAACUUGAAUAGUGAUAUCAGUGUGUUUAUGGGUGAACCUUUCAGCCUUGGAAUUGGAGAAGUCUUUUGAAUUGAUGAGUCUGAUUACUGCACUUAAAUAUAGAUUGACCUGUUUUGCGAAUUCAGAGGGUUUCAAGAGAAAAAGAUUUCUUUAUGUGACCUUAAAAUGGAAACAUUCAGAUUUUGUUGGUUGUUCAAUUUUUCAAGAAAAAAAAAAGGUUUCUGUUUUUCAUGUUUUGUCUAAAGUUUUUUUACAUGGAUAACAAUUGUAAGUGAUCGCACUGAAAGCCUUUCCAAAAGCCUUUAAAAUGCAUUUGCAUUUAAAAUCUGUAUAGUGAAGUGUCCAAAGGUAAUUCCACAUGUUCCGAAUCAUAAACUAACUGUGGUGUUUACAAGCCUGGUCCAUUGGUGCAGAAGUUGACAAUGUAUGUAGAUAAUGCCUUUUAGACCUUUGCCUUAGUUUACAUACCUUUCUAACCAUGUGGAAUGGGGCGAUUUACGUGUUUAUAUGCACUCCGGGCAAUGAUAAACCUAUUAAUAAGGGCAUCUCAUCACACUAGGAGCUUUUGUGAUACCUCAAGGUUUUUUACGUUGAAGCUCCAAGUUAAAAUUGUAUCUUUAAAAAAAAGUGUUUAUCUCAGAUAAUCUGGAUUCAAAUAGAUAUCAUCACUUGAAGAUUAUUCCAUGUUUUGGAGGAUACCUGCGUGUAAAAGGCUUGCUGCUGCGAGCUAAGUUGAAUUGCAAAUCCUAAGUGAGGGAAUAAAAAGUAACUUGUGGGGCAGCAUAGUGGUGUGGUGGUAAGCACCACUGCCCGGAAUUUGUCCUGUGUUGGAUUUGAAGGCUGGGACACCUUACAGUAUGUGUAGAGGCUACAUGUUAACCCUCUCAGUACUCCUAUAUCCUUCCUCUGUCCAAAAAUGUGCUGAGUAGGUUAUUUCAUUUUUCCAACUUUAGCCUGUGCAUGUGCCCAGCAAUGGACUUGGCAUCCCAACUGGAUUGACCCUGUGCUCCCAGGUAGACGGGUUGCGGCAAUAUUUACCAUAAAUAAGUGGCUUUCGGACAAUGGGAGAAUGGAUAUGAUUUGUGUAGGAGCUGAAGAAUGAAAAGCAGAAAUACAGUUAAUGUCGCACUUGAGGACCCAAGUGGCCUGCCCCUGCUGUACUGGACACUACAUGUCCCAUGACCCAUCACCAGAACUGGUUGUAAAUGUUUGUGACUAUUUGAAUCCCCCUGGCUAGUGGUUAUGUAUGGAGGUUUUGGCUUAGUACAGUAGUUUAUAAUUUUAAGAGAAAUGGCAGAGCACUGAUGUUGGUGUAAUUGGUUGAACAGACAUUGCACCAUUAUGUGUAGCUGGCUGGAAUGGAAAUAGUGGAGCCUGCCAGCCUUAUUGAAGUGCCAAAAAACUUAAUUAAAAUUUGUAACAUGUUUUCCUGGUUUAUACUACUAGGAGUAUAGUCCAAAGCAUCAGCUGCACAUUACUGUGGAAUUAAGUGCUUGAAAUGUAAGAAGAAUUACAGUAUUAUGGUUUGAUUUUAUCUAAAACUUUUAACACUUAAGCAUUUUUCAUAAUUUAUGUAAUGGGCUUCAUCAGUUGGGAUUUCAAAGAGAGACAGACUGGCGGGGGAAUUAUCCUAUAGAGGUGCUCAGCUAGUACAAUUUCAAUGAUUUCCAGUUAGAGCUUCCUGGCUGUAGUCUGAGCAUGCUACAGAAUGGGUAACCUUGGUGGGCACCUGUGAGGUUGUUGUGUCACUCCCUACCUCUUAUUUUAAUUAUCAUUUUCAGCAGGAAAAAAACAGAGGAUGGCUUUAACAAGUGCAGGUUUAAGAAAAAUGCAUGAACCGCCUUCACUGCUCUUUUGUGCUUUAAUAAGGAAUGUAGCCAAUUUGAUUCACACAGAGACAAAAAAAAAUGAUCUGAGAUUUCAAAUUGUGAUUGAAAAAAUGUCUAUAGCCUUAGUGUUAUCUAAGCUAGUAUCUUCCUGUGGCAAUCAUGUUCUUUCAUUAUUUCGCAUUCUCUCUGAAGUUUAUUUGCAGAAAUAGUAGUGUAAAAUGUACUGUAUGACUUAUUUUCGAAAGAUUAUCCGGUUAUACUCGUCACACUUCUGCUAACAGUAUUUCUUUUAAAUCUCUAGUCAUUCCAUCUGAAUAAAAAUAACUGCAACUUGGAAUUAAUUUUUAUUUAGACAUAUGCCUGAGGAAAAUUACUCAGAUGAGUAAUAUGAUAUUCAAAUGAGGAAAGUAACUUUUCUUUUGGAACAAUUUGAGAAAACAGUCAUUUACAGUGACUGGGUAGCCAUGCUCCCAUUGAUUGAGCCCAUGCUGAGAGAAGUGAGAAUGUGGUAAUAACGAAAGGGUGGGACAGCAGCCUCUGUCCUAGCUUUCCAGGAGUUUACACAAAAACUCAGCCCAAAGUGAGCUUCAGAUCUGUGCCUGCUGGCCUUUGUAACUUUGACAUGUACAAUAAAUUUAAUUAAUGUAACAAAAA